AUGUUUGGAGCUGGGUCAGGGACGAUGAAGUUUGUUACCAUCAAUGCUACUGAAAAAUCCGUUGACGGUACUCUUCGUGUUCCCGAGAUAGCCAUGUAA